AUGUUCGUUUCUAUCUGUGCCGAAAGUGGUAGGAAGAAGACAAAGCACUGCUGCUUCUCAUCUCCAAUACAGGGUCUACCACUCUCGCUUUUAGAAGCCUCCAUGCUCGUUCCAGCCAUGUCUAAAAAAACAAAACAACAACAUAUGUGGACCGAUGAUGAGAUUAGUGUGCUUGUUAAUACUUUAUUGGACUUGUACAAUGUUGGAACGUACAAUGUCGAUAAUGGGUUCAAAACUGGUUACUUGGUUGUGUUGGAGAAAGCAAUAAAAGAUAAGAUGCCUAAGAUAGACAUCAAGGCAAAGCCUCACAUAGAGUCGAAGCUAAAACUAUUGAAGAAGGACUUCUCAGUGGUGUAUGACAUGAUCUAUGGUCCGAUUACAAAGUGUGUUGUAGCUGAAGCUCCUAUUUGGGAGGAGUACAUAAAGCGUCAUAAACGGGCAGCUAAUUUCAAGAACAAAGAGAUCCCGCAUUUUGAGGCAUUAUGCACCAUUUAUGGUAAGGAUCGAGCUAAUGGAAGUAAUGCCUAAGAUCCCACAGAUGUCGUCGAGGAAAUGAGAAAUGAAGAAGUCCUAAACCAAAGUGAUGAUAGCGGGUAUGUACCUGAUGUAGACUGGUUGAAUGAUAUGCAUGAAAUGAACAUCCCACUGUUUGGGGUAAGGCCUGAAGAUUCUCAUUCCUAAGAGCCAAUGUUAGCUACUAAAGGAGAUACAAAUCCUUCUGCAACUAAUUUUGGAUCUCAAGGUGAUGGUGAGUCAAGCAGGCA